UCACCAACUAAGCAAAAACUCAUUUUAAAGUUCACGGAUCUCCGGCGAGCGAUCAUCGCAGAUCCCGGAGAAGACGGACAUAGAUAUCUCAGUUGAAUCGAUAACCCUUUUCUUCAGUCUCUCUGUAUCGUCGUUUCUUACAGACGAUUACUAUGUCAGGCAAUCAAGAACCAAUCUUGGUGAAGGAGGAGGAGAGUGUGGAAGGUAUUCCAUCUCCACUCUUGAAGCUCAAAAGCUGGCAAUGGUGGGUUCUUGUGUCCACCAACAUCUUAUUCCUCAUUGGUGGUCAAGCUGCUUCUGUGCUUCUCGGUAGGUUUUACUACGAUGAAGGAGGAAACAGCAAAUGGAUGGCCACUCUUGUUCAAACCGCUGCUUUUCCGAUCCUCUAUAUCCCGCUUCUCCUCCUUCCUUCUUCAGAGCCCGCUUCUUGCUCCCUUAAAACCAUUGUCUUGAUCUAUGUUCUGCUCGGUGUCAUCAUCGCUGGUGACAACAUGCUCUACUCUGUUGGACUUCUCUACCUCUCUGCAUCGACUUAUUCGCUCAUUUGCGCUACACAGUUGGCUUUUAAUGCAGUCUUCUCUUAUUUCAUCAAUGCUCAGAAGUUCACUGCUUUGAUUCUCAACUCAGUUGUGCUCCUCUCCUUCUCCGCCGCUCUGAUUGCCCUUAACGACGAUGCAGACGCUCCUUCUGGUGUCUCUAGGUCCAAGUACGUUGUCGGGUUUGUGUGUACACUCGCUGCAUCCGCUCUCUACUCUCUGCUGCUCUCGCUCCUGCAGUUCUCCUUCGAGAAGAUUCUGAAGAAAGAGACGUUUUCUGUGGUUCUCGAAAUGCAGAUCUACACCUCUCUAGUGGCCACUUGUGUCGCGGUCAUUGGCCUUUUUGCUAGCGGGGAAUGGAGAACGCUGCACGGUGAAAUGGAAGGUUAUCAUAAAGGCCAAGCCUCUUAUGUACUGACUUUGGUCGGAACGGCAGUUUCAUGGCAAGUAUGUUCUGUAGGAGUGGUGGGUUUGAUAUUUCUGGUGACCUCCCUCUUCUCAAACGUUAUUAGUACGCUCUCUCUAGCUGUGACUCCACUCGCUGCUUUGGCUGUGUUCCGCGAUAAGAUGAGUGGGGUUAAGGUUAUGGCCAUGCUCAUCGCUCUUUGGGGUUUCGCUUCUUAUGUUUACCAGAAUCAUCUCGAUGACUUGAAAGUAAGACGAGCUAGAAAGCACGCUCAAGCAGGGCAGCUGGAUCCGCACUGCUGAUUCUGCGUAUUCGUAGGACAAGCUGUCAUAUUGCUUAAAAAUCAAAACUUGUCGUACCGUCAAAUUUUAAUAUACAACAUUUUAUGAGAAUAAAGAUUCGGAAAUAAAAUGGUUUGAAGUGGUUGAUACUUCUAUCAUCAAGUAA